AUGUUUAAAAGGAGACCGUUGAGCUGGUUCAUCCUCAUUACUGCCAUCCUCCACAUCUUAAAAACAAUGACUACCAAUCUCGAGAUAACUGGGAAUGCGAGGGAUCGAUUCGUUCAGGCGGCCGCGCUCCUCUACCUCCUAGACCCCGUCCGUGGCGAGCCAACCGUCUACGGUCUUGAUCAAGAUGCGCCAAAUCUACAAGCGCCGAAAGAGCAAGUAUUGAAACGCAAGUUCCUUGAUUCUUUCGCACUCAUAUGCGCCACAAGGCAGGAUGGGGAUGCUGUCUCGGCAGCAUGUUUAGAGGAAGGGAAGCCUGAAGGGACAGUAGUUCGGAUCGCAAGCAACGCUGGAGUAUCCGAAGAAACCUUCAGCCAAUUGAACAACAUCUUAGGCUUACUUAGCAUGCCUGGCUCACCCAGCAGGGAGAUAGAACUGCUGGCUAAGAUAAUCCAACUCGAUAUUGCAAAGAUUCGAAAGUACGUACGGAACCUCCGGAAGUCAAGAGGAGUUUUUGGAGAGAGCAUCACAUCUCUGGAGUCACGCCUAGUAGAAGCGCUGCCAGACUGUGCUUUACCGGCGAUACAGCAGUUUCUUGAAUGGUUCGAAAGGAUCCACCUUUUCCAAGACCUGCCAUCAGAACCAGGCCCAAGAAUUUUGCUGGGGUAUGUAAGAUGGGCUCAAAGGGCGAAGAAUGUAUAUCGCGACCUGUUGACACUUGCCUUCUCCAAGGGGGACCAGCCACUACCACGUUGGGUUCACAUCGUCUUUAAACUUGGACGGUACGGCAUUGCUGCGAGGGCCUUGGUACGGACUGCAUCUGACCUCCCUGCUUUGUUUAAUCCUAUAUUCGUCAAGCCCAUAGGUGCACCUCCCAGAGCACAGUUUAAUAUCCGGGACGAAGAGAUGCUCCUCAGUUGCGUGCUGCGCAGAAUAGCAGAAAUCAAGCCAAAGGAAAUAAUCCCUCGACUUGCUAGUAUCUGGGAUACUGAUGAUCCCGAAGCAUUCUUCCGGAGCUCCUGUCCGGCACAUCUUGUUGCCCACGCCGAAUUACAAAUAGUCAACUUCUACGAUCAUAAUCCGGAGCAGAUGCCUCGAUUCCAAUUUAUCGGCGUAAGCAAGAAGUCCUGUUAUCUAUGCUCCGUAUUCCUCGCAGCCCAUCCCGGUGGCUUCUACGUUUCAUCUUGUCAUCAAAAAUUAUACCUAUCUUGGAUCCCGCCCCCAGCGCUGGAUUCCAAAAUCUACAAGCGAUACAAGGUUAUAACAACAGAAAUGAGCAAGAAGAUGGAAGCCAUUGCGAGACAGGACUUGAUCAGUCGUCUCGGGUCUAAACGCCAUCCUAUACCUGCAGACUCCACAGCUGGCGUCUCCAUCACUGGUCUAACAGAGUCUAGGAGCUUGGAAGUCACAGACUUUGAAGAGCAUGAUGAAUCCUAUGUUGAAGUCGAAGUGAAUACAGGUACCGGACAGCCUGACUCUACCUCCCACGCAAGAAUCGCUAAUUCUCAAGUCCUUUCUCACACUGUGAACCUUACGCCGCGUAUUACUGAUUCGCAGCCGGGCAUUGUGUCUGAGGUGGACCCCUCAGGACAACAAUUCGAAUGGCAGGAUUCCCAGGCAUCUGUCUCAUCGAUGGUAUUUCACUUUAAAUAUCCCGGUGGCAGGAGAAGGCAGGAUAUUAUUAUGAUUGGCAGCGUCCUUGACCCUCACACGCAUACCCCAUCGUGGUCGAAGUUAAUCGAGCUUCUGAACCAGGAAAACGGUUUCGGGCUCGCUUUCCGAGACUCAGACAUCCUGAUAAUUAAUGAUCAUAUUCAAGUACGCAACGAGCGACAAUUCAUUGCUUGUUUACAGUACCUGCUGAAUUCGGGCGUUUUGAAUUCAGAAGUAAUGAUCUGCGAUGGAAGGUCACUACUUUAG